AUGACUGUAGCACAACAUGGUGUUGCUCGCUAUCUGAAGCGGUACAUUACUGAGGCUGAUCACCCAACUCUGCAGAACUUCCUGAGGUUUUGCACUGGAUCCAAUCUGUUGGGGAGUUGUGGACAGGGUGAAACUGUAGCAGUGACAAGGAAAGCUGGAGAGAACAUCACUCUGCAGACUGGAGUCACUGGACUACAUGGUGAUGAUCAGAUCUUCUGGUCCAAAGGUGAAGAGCGGUUUGUGAUUAUGAACUUUGAUGAAGGCGUCCUGGUGCGAAAGACGUCUGAGAGAUUCCACCUGGACAUAAAGACUGGAUCUCUCACCAUGUGCUCCCUCAGCAUCAACGACAGCGGACUUUAUCAGGGACAGAUCAUCAAUGGAAAGAGCUCACAGCACAGCUUUAACCUGACUGUCCUGGAGGCUGAUCCCAUCACACCAACUGAUGGACCUCCACAUGACCCCUCUGCUCACACAAGGAGUCACCCAGAUGUUGCCAUAGUUGUGGUUGUGGUUGCUGCUGUUGCUGCUGUUGUUUCUGUUGCUGCUGUUGCUGCUGUAUGUGCAGUUCAACACAAGAAAGGAAAGUGUUGGUGUAACAGUGAUGUCAUCUGAUGUCAGAGGGUAGAAGAUGAUCCACGGACAGAAGUUGAACUUUUGCAGAGGAGAAGCACCAACACGAGAACUUCCAUCCUGCUUUGCUGGUGCUUUAACUUGAACUUUAUUUACAUAGCACCUUAAACACAACACGGUUGAUUCACACAGAGGAAGAACAAAACAAAACAAAUAGAAAACACAAUAAAAAAGAAAUCAGAAAUAAAGAUACAUGGUCAUAAAAUACACAGUGACAGUUAGACACAGUUAAAAGCUAGAGUGUAAAAGUAAGUUUGAAGGUUUUCUUGAAAAUGUAAUUGGCAGAAAUGAAUAGGGGGAGGAAGAGAGACCCUGUCCCCCAUAGCACUUAGUCCUGGAUCUGUGGACAGACAGGAGUCCCUCUGCCAGUGUGGUAUGGGGACAGGAGCUCUGUUAAAUACAGGGGAGUGAGUCCAUUCAAGGCCUUAGUAAUCUAAAAUCAAUUCUUUAAAUCUGGAGAUCACUUACAUUAUUAUAUUUAUUUAUAUUAAUUUAUAAGUGUCAUUAGAUUUACCAAAAAGUGCUGGUCACUGGUUAUAAUAUAAUAAUAUAUCAUUUAAAUUGAAAGUGUUUUUCUUGCUGUCUACAUAUUGUUUUAUUUCUUUUUGUUUUGUUCUUGU